CCCCUCGAAAGUGAAAGAACCAAACUUGAUCACAUUUUGACUAGAAGACACAAUAUGAAGCUGUCGUGUUUGUCCAGCAAUCCAAGCAAGCCAUGUUUUAUACUCCACUUUAAAGGUGUAACACUGAUGUUAGACUGUGGACUUGAUGUCAAAGAAAUUCUUAAAUUCUUACCACUUCCUGUUAUACAGAGUGCCAAAUUUUCCAGCCUUCAGACAUGGACACCACCUAAUAACAAAGAGGGUCUUGAUGAAGAUGAACUUAAAGAAUCAGGAGGAAACAUUUUUGUAAAUGGCUGUUUAGAAUUCCUGACACCAGAGGUUGGAAUGACAGAUCUCUCCCAGAUUGACGCAAUUUUAAUAUCCAAUCACAAUGUCAUGUUAGCAUUACCAUACAUCACAGAAUACACAGGGUUCAAAGGUCAAGUCUUCUGUACAGACCCAACUCUACAGAUGGGAAGACAAUACAUGGAAGAACUGGUUACCUAUGUAGAGAGAUAUCCAAAACCAGAAAUAAGGGACAAGUGGAAGGAACCAGUUAUAUUAGAUUUACUGCCACCAUUCCUAAAGGAAGCAGUCCAUCCAUUUGCCUGGAAAAAAUGUUAUACUAAGCAUGACAUUCAGUCCUGUGUAGCCAGGGUACAGACUGUAGGAUUCAAUGAAAAAAGGAAUUUGUAUGGAGCCUUAACAAUAAGUUCCUGUAGUUCAGGUUAUGCUAUUGGAAGUUGUAAUUGGGUCAUUACAUCAGAAUAUGAAAAGGUGUGUUAUGUAUCAGGAACUUCUACUUUGACUACUCAUCCGAAGCCAGUAGACCAAGCUUCGUUGAGAAAUAGUGAUGUAUUAAUACUCAGUUGUUUAACACAGACACCAUCAAACAACCCUGAUGCUAUGAUAGGAGAUUUCUGUGUUAAUGCAGCUGUUACCCUUAAGAAUGGAGGAAAUGUUCUGGUUCCCUGUUACCCCUCUGGUAUAACCUAUGAUUUAUUUGAAUGUCUGAGUGGACAUUUAGACAGCUGUGGUUUAAGUCAGGUUCCACUAUAUUUUGUAUCACCAGUGUCAGACAGCGCUUUAGCAUAUUCAAAUAUAUUUGCAGAAUGGUUAUCAGCAUCAAAACAGUCACGAGUCUACCUCCCUGAGGCCCCAUUUCCGCAUGCAGAGCUGGUUGCCAUUGGAAGGUUAAAAAACUGCAAAAGUAUUCACGAUGGUCUCAGUGAAGAUUUUAAACCCCCAUGUGUUGUAUUCAGUGGUCAUCCAUCCCUAAGAAUGGGAGAUGCCGUACACUUCCUAGAAAUGUGGGGAAAUUCAUCGUCAAAUACAAUCAUUUUCACAGAACCCGAUUUUCCAUUUGUAGAAGCUUUAUCACCAUACCAACCAUUACAGAUCAGAGUAUGUUACUGUCCAAUAGACACAUGCUUAAGAUUUUCACAAGCCAACAAGUUGAUAAAAGAUCUGAAACCCACACAUCUAGUUGUAGCCGACAGUUAUAUACAGCCACCAGUAUCAAUGCCACAUAAAACAGAAUUUGUCAUUAAUUGGGAGCCCUCACCAUUGACAUACAGAAGAGGGGAAGUAAUAUCAUUACCAAUAAAAAGACAGUUUGAAACUAUAGAAAUCACUCCUGAGCUUGCAGCAUCGCUUGAUCCACAGGAAGUCAGAUCUGGGUAUAAUAUAACCAUGGUAACAGGAACAUUAAGUUGUCAUGACAACAAGUAUAUUUUGAAGAAACUACCAGAUGACAUUCCCUCAGGAACUAAAAGAAAAUUUGAUGAAACUGUAAAUAGACAAAAGACAUACAUGUGGGGAAACGUCAAUAUUCCUGCUUUUGUAGAAGCUCUUACGAAGCAUGGUUUUGUUGAUAUAAAGGUGGAGGACACGGGUGAAGGAUGUACUAUUGUUGAUCUGCCAAACGAUGAUACAUUGAUUCAAGUGGAGCCAGAUAAUACACAUAUAAUAUGUAAUGGAGAAGAGACUGUCAGGAUUAAGAUUAGAGACGCUUUGUUAAAAUGCUUGAAGAAAAUCUGAUAUUAAAUAUGUCAUCUAA